AUGAAGACAACAUCGUCACUGGCUUCGGCCUUGCUGCUAAUUAGCGCAUCUCUUGCUUACGCAAAACUUGACAUCCACAACACUCACAUACAGACGAAUAUUGCUGGAAAGCGCAUCGAUGACCUAGUCUCUGGAGUUGAUCGAUCUGGAAACAAUCUUUUCGACAAACGCGACGUCCCUGCUAUUGAACAGGCAAAUCCUCUGGAGAGCGCACACCUCGCCGCUAGGUCUGCACAGAGUGGUCUGGACGCAGGUGCUUUAUUGAAUAGCAUUGCACCGAGUCAGAGUGUUGGUAACGGAGACAUUGCCACUAACGAUGUUGGUGGAGAUGUUGCCAAUCAGAUUGCGGCUGGAAGCACGAAUAGCAUUGGGAACACUGGCAGUGGGUUAGGUGGACAGACGCAGGGUGGAUCGGCGAAUGAUACUGCGGUGCAGGCACAGAGUCAGACCCCUGCGCAGGGAACUCCUCAGGGAAUUACUCCUGGAGCUGCCCAAGGUAUUGCGCAGGGAGCUCCCCAAGGAAGCACUCAAGGAACUCAGGGAACACCUCAAGGAACUCCCCAAGGAGCAACCCCAGGAACUGCACCAAUCAAUUCUCCAGGUCAAGGAAGUGACAUCAUCUCGAACGACGUCGGAGCUGCCCUUGCGAGCCAACUGACACCAGGCGGUGAUUCGACCGACGUCACCGUUCAGGAUGUCGGUGGAGCCAUUGCGAAUUCAAUCGCACUUGGCGGACAGAGUCAGCCAACACCACUACCACAGGGCCAGCAACCACCACAGGGUCAACAGCCGCCGCAAGGCCAAGCACCGCAACAGAGCCCUCCGCCACCGCCAUCAGGCCAGGCACCUCAGGCUAUGGUACCCCAACCUAUGGCGCCCGUAGCAGGCCAGGCCGCACCAGGAGCAGCUCCAAUGGCGGCUCCAAUGGCUGCCCCGAUGGCGUCUCCAGCAGCGGCUCCAGCGACACCUCUUGAAAUGGGUUCAGCGCCUCAGGCCAUGGCACCCGCAGCAGCUAUGGAGGUAUCACCAGCAGCAUCACCUGCAGCGGCUCUGAACGCGUCUUCGGUAGCAUCACCUACACCCUCUCCGGAAAUGUCUCUGGCGCCAUCUCCAGAGGCAUCUCCAGCAGCAGCUCUAGAAGCAUCUCCAUCAUCAUCAUCAUCUGAGGCGGUAGCAAUGGCAUCUCCUGAAGCACCUGCAAAGGCGGCUUCAGAAACGGCUGCCAUGUCCUCAGCCAUGUCUUCAGGAGGAUCUCCCUCUUCCAAGCCUGUCAUAACUGUGACACCCCCAGGAAAGUCAUCUCUGCCAGCAGUGACACCUAUCCCCUGGACCAACUCACCUUCGAAAAUUGGAGGAAUGAAAAGCAGUGCAAGCGCAGAAGGAGCCGCCACACCAGCAGCGAUAUCCGCUAAAAGCACUAGCACAAUGAUGGCUGGCGCAGAAAUGGCUGCGUCCGGCUCCAUGGCCAGCAACGGAACCGCUGCAGCUGUAACAGUAAUUGCCGAGGGUGGCUCGCCAGCUGCCGCAGAAGCGGUUUCCAGUUCCAUGUCCACUAGCAUGGCAUCGAUCAACACGGCAACCCUGACCCCGGUUGGUCUUGCUGCAGCAACCACCACGACAAUGGUAGGCAGCCCUGUUGGAGUCAUCGCCCAAGGUAAUGCCACCGCUAGCUCCAGCGGUGCCUCGAUGACUAUGGCAUCUGGGGGUUCCGGGGCAAGCAGCCCUAUGAUGAGCAUGGCGUCUGGCAGUAGCGCUGCACCGCCGGCGGCCGCGGUUACAGUUGUUGCAGGGUCAGGAAACUCGUCCGCGCCAGCGGGUAUGAUGAGUGGCGGGGCCUCUGGAUCGUCCAUGUCUUCCAUGAGUGGAGCUUCGGCUACAGCUGAUGCUGCUUCAGGAGGUGCAGCUGGCCCAGUCACUGUUAUCGCAGGCAACGGAACAUCACCGACUGCCGCUGCUGAAGCUGCCAGUGGAUCAACCUCCAUGGCUUCUAGUAUGAGCUCGGGAUCUAUGGGCUCGAGUGGUGGUUCCUCCAACGGAACGUCAGUUGGACCCGUCACCGUUAUAGCAGGCGGCGGCGAGGCAGCUGCAGCCGCUGCGACGCGAGCAGCGGAGAACGGAGGCUGCAAUUGUGCUUGUCUGUGUCCUGCGGGCUCCUUCUCCAUGGCACCGCCACCAGCGCCAGCGUUCCAAUUGGGCUCUUCAAGCACGAUGCAGACAAUGGUAGCCAGCCCCGUCACUGUCGAGGCAGGAAGCAGUACAGCAGGUGCAAGUUCGGGCUCCAGCUCCAGCUCCAGCUCCAGUUCGGCCUCGAGCGCAUCAAGCAUGGCAUCCAUGUCCAGUGUAUCCUCCGCUUCCUCCUCCUCCGUAUCCUCAUCACCAAUGUCCACAACUUCCUCCUCCGCAGCAACCUCAACCUCGGCCGCUGAAGCAGCUAGCUCGAGUUCUGCAGCUACACCCGCAGCCACCACUUCUUCAUCCUCUUCAUCAUCAUCAUUAUCAUCAUCAUCAGCAACGACUAGCAUCUCCGCUCAAAGCCAAAUCGCAGCCAAUGCACCGCCCGUUCCUACGCCUAUUGGCGGUACGGAAACGCCCCCUGGCGGUCUCCCAUUCAACAUCAACACUGUUGAUUUGCAGAGCCGUGUUACGGUGAAUUUGGGCAAGAGGCUGGCCAAGCCGACGGAGGCGGCGAGGGCAUGGUGGUCGUGA